AUGAAUCAAGACCAACAAUCAUUCUUCGCUUCUUGGAGCAAAAAAUUCUCUUAUCUGGCAGGAUCUAUGUCCCCCCAGGAAGAAGAAGCUUUCAAAACUCAAUUAGAACUUGAAAAAACCCAACGCGAGUGCACCCGAUGUGAAGAAUACAAGGCUUGGAUGAUGGCCUACUCUCCCUCAGUACGAUUCAUGAUGGAACAAAUUGCCCGAGUAGGUGGUAAUAUCUCUUCACAAAACAUAGUUUGUGAUGCAUGUGAUGAGUUUAAGAGUGGAGGGUUUCAUCCAGAACUAGGUAUUCUAUUGUGUCAAAAUAGAUUCUAUUCCAAGUGGCAUUUAGAAGAUACACUAACACAUGAACUGGUCCAUGCCUAUGAUCACUGCAAGUUUGAUGUCGACUGGGCAAACCUACGCCACCAUGCAUGUUCCGAAAUCCGUGCAUCCAGUUUGUCUGGAGAGUGUCGUAUGAUGAACCAAAUUGUUAAAAAUAAAAUCUUUAAGUUUUCUAAAGGUCAUCAAGACUGUGUGCGCCGUAGAGCAACACUAUCUGUUAGAAGCAAUCCAGCGUGCAAAAGUGAUGAAGAGGCAGCCAAAGUAGUAAAUCAAGUGUUUGAAUCGUGUUUCAACGAUACCCGGCCAUUUGAAGAGAUUUACCGAUGA